AUGUUGUUUCCAGAAAUAAGAAGAAUAAGAACACCAUUAUUCAAAAAUAUUUCACAUGCAAACAUUGACAAAUCAUCUGAACUUUAUUUGUUAUACAAAAAACGCAAUCUCACAUCAGAUUAUCUUAUAAACUCCACUGAAAACAUGUUUGUAAUUGCAUUUUUCUACAACGAGCUUUUCGAUAUAAAAGACUAUCUUGCAUACUUAAGAGAGUUAUCCAUCACAAAUCAGUCGUAUAAUAUUAUCAAAUAUUAUCUAAAAGAAAUAUGCACUACUAAAUUUAAUUGUGAAAUGGACUCUUCUCAUUCUAGUUUGAAAAAUUGCAAAGACUUUCUAAAUUCAUUUUUUGAUAGCUACAACAAAUCAAAAGACAACAUACAGGCUAUAAUUCUCAAGAUUAUGAAAGGUGAGCUUUACAGAAUGGUUAAAAUACCAGUAGAUGACUUUGACCCAUAUUUUUUCAUUGGAUACUGUACAAUUGGAGAUACUUUUCUUCCCAAUUUUGAAUCUACUUUUGACCUUUUCAUUACAAAAUCUAUAAAUAUUGUCAAGGUUUUGAAUGAUUUUGAAUUUUAUAAUAAAACUGAUGAUAACCAAGUACCACAGGCAACCCGUCUUAUAUUGAAACAUUUAGAAAUAUGCAUUGACUAUUUAAUUACAGAAAACAUUCUUAGCAAGAUUGUUGAAUACAUAAGAUUUGACAAUGUUGGUUUAGAUCUUAUUUACAAGAUAUGUUGCUAUAAAGAGACACAAAAGAUUGUAUUUAAAAAAUUAAUGAAUAUUUCUGAUUAUGAGAAGUAUUUGACAGUUGCUUUGCACAUUUCUUCUGACAUUGAUAGCUAUAAAGCCAUUAAAGAUCAUGCCAUCGGUAGAAUUAGAGGAUGGCCAUCGGUAGAAUUACCCCCGAGAUACGUCUUAGAAUUCCUCUUAAUACAUUUUUACUACGAGUAUAAUAGCUUUGAUUACCAUUUACUCGAUGAAAUUUGUGGGUUGUUUAAUUUAACCGAUACCGUUGAGUAUAAGCUCAUUACUAAACGCCCAGGAUUGUUGGUAGACGAAGACAUAUUCUACAAGAUAAGAGAUUGCAAGGAUUUUAAUGAACUUACAAGGCUAUUUGCAUCGUUUAUUUAUUUAUGCUCCUUUGAUAAGCUCGCUCUUGAUGAUCAACUGCUUGAAUUACCAGAAAAAUUUUUUAGUAUAGGCCUUUCAACUAUCAAUUCUGAAACUGCAAGAAAUUUGAAAAUUUACAAUGAUAAUCCUUUCAACGAACGAUUAAGAAAAAAUGUCUACUUAAAAAUUGAUAGAAGUAUAUUUGUCAGAUACCUCAUCAAACGAUACAAGAUUUUCAAUGAAAUCGACUUUUUAAAAGAAGAGUAUUCAGCUUAUGAAAACUUAAUGGAUGAUAAAUAUAAAGUGAUGUAUGCAUUAUACAAUCUAGAAUGGGCAAGCAAACACAUUGAAGAGUUAAACAGAAUAGGAAUAUCUGACAAAUUGUAUUGCUCACUAAAAAGUUCACCGUUUAAGGAUUGUUUAAUGAAUGCUGGUUUGAAGGGCAAUAAACAAACUGAAAUUGAAAAAGAUAGUAUGGCAAUAUUAACUAUGCCUGUCAAACCAGAAGACGAUGAGGCUAAACGAAUGAAAUAUACAAAUACAGAUAAGAAUACGUCAAAUCAGCACACUAUCAUUUUAGAAUCUCAAAAUGGUAUUUCUUGUCUGGCCUCAUCGGAAUCAACAAUGCUUAAUAAUUCUGAUAACAUUGACAGCCAUCAACAACAAACCCACAAUUCAAGUUCUCCACAAAUUCUUCAAGGCAUCGUAGAUGCAUUUAAAAAUGAACAUGCGAAUUUCUCUUCGCUGAUAUGUAAAAUUCAAGCAUCAGAUGAAUAUGUCGAUAUCCUUAAAAGCCUAUUUCGAUGGACUUAUCGAACAAAGUAUUUCAUGCAUUUUCUUGAAUUUUAUAAACAAUCCAUCAUACGGUUUGAAUUAACUUAUGAAGAUGUCAAAAACAUUACUUUAGAACUUGUAAAGAAAUUCAAGGACACAGAUAUAGUAAAAUUAUCUGCAUCUUCUCUAUUUAUCAAAGAUCUUUACAAUUUUAUUAAUGACUUUUCCAAUUUCAAUACUUCUGUAAUUGAAGGAAUAAGUAUGAAAAUAGAUAAAAAUCCCAAUUCUAUAGAAUACCACGACUUUGUGCAUUCACUAGUCCACUCAACAGUAUUUAAUUAUGUUGUUGUGGGUUCUAAGCUAUAUUCACAUCUAAACAAUGCCACCUUCAGCUUAGAUCAUUUGCUAACUUAUAAAAGUGAUGAUGUAUUGCUUGAAGCUGUUAAACAAUUGAAAAUCAAUGUUAAUAGAACAAUUAACUGCAAUGAAGUAUUGCUUAAUAUUUUAUAUUCACGAGGCCUUACUGAUGAACUUUCCGCUCUCAUUUGCAAGAAACUGUACAUUCCUGAUUUGUCUACAAAUGAUCUUCAAAGAAUAUACUUCUUUAUUUUACCUUAA